AUGAAAUUCUGCGCUUCCCAUCAGAGCGGCGAGACACUAGAAGCCUCAUUCCACACUCUCUCGAUCUCUGGCUCGUCAUCCCCUACUCCUCCAGCGGCUUCCCAGGAUGCAAAAACACAACAUCAUGCAACGACUCAAGAAGCUCCACAAGAAAUGGGAAUCAUCCUCAUGGCAAUGCGCAAACUUCGAGAAGCACUUGUAUCCUCCCACCGAGUCGACGCUUUCGCCCAGCGAGUCUAUACAUUUCAGAUCCGUGCUGCGAUUCUCUGCAAGCAUCUCGAGACCUAUCACCCAGCACUGCAAUAUCUUCUCUAUAAGAUUCACCCUCGUACACCUUUAUCACGGCCUGAGCUGCAAGAAUUUGCGAUAUACCUCAUCUUCGAUAUUGCAUGUCGACAGGGAGAAUUCGUGGAGGCGUUUCGCUUGAGAAGAGGGUUCAAGGUAAAAGACAGGAAAGUGGACGCAGUACUAAAGGCACUGGUGCAUGAUGAUUGGGUGCUGUUUUGGAGGACGAGGAGGGCGGUGGACGGCUAUCAGAGGUGUUUGAUGGGGUGGGCCGAGGACGGGGUCAGAUUGCAUGCGUUGAAGUGUUUGGGAAGAAGUUACAUGAUGGCUGAUAAGGCAUAUGUGGAGGAGAGUGCUGAGAGGAGUUGGGAAGAGUUGGUGGAGAGGGACAAGGUGGGUUGGGUGUUGAGGGAAGAUGGUGUGGUGGUUGUCAGGAAGCCCAAGGGGACUUGA